AUUUGGGCGGAUGAAUAUAUUAACGCGCAAUGGUUGAGCGAUUGUCCCACAGCGCUUUUGCAUCACAUGAUUUUGUUUGUUCCCGUGACCAAAACUCGUGAUUUCUUGCGUGGAAAUUUAAAUGUCGUAUUGAAACCAGAUGGAUAUUUCUUUAGACCAAGCCCUGGAGCAAAGUGAGAAACAUCAGGACGACCUUGAUGACGAUUCAUCUGAACUCAUGCAAGAUGUGAAUGUUGGAGAAGGACUUGUUACAGAGGAUUCAGAAGUAGGAGAAGUUCAGGGCCAAGAAGGUCUUCAAACUUAUCAGUUUCGAUCUGGUGAUAACGGACAGGUCACAUAUCGAGUAGUUCAAGUUGGAAGUGAGGACAACCAGCAAGCCACACUAAGCAUUGUAACAACUAACGGCAUUCAUAACAUGCUGAACCAAGACGCUGGUGGCUCAGGAAGUCCACAACAGGUUGCAAUUGUUACCAACCCUUUCAACGGAGACGCAGAGGGAGCUGGACAAAGUGGAGAUUCUGACAACUCAUCGGCAAAGUUUGCUUAUUUUUCUUCAGGAAAUCCUGGCAACACUCAGGAAAUUGCAUCUGGAUCAGAAAGCCAGGAUCCGCAGAAUGUUACAGGAGGUCAAUUUUAUGUCAUGAUGUCACCACAAGAUAUGUUACAAUCAAACCAAGUUGGCCGAUCACUUGCGCCAAGGAACCACUUUGUUCAAAAAGUUGAUAAUUCUCGCUCUGGAGGAUUAGUUGUUCGCGAUACAACGAGGAGAGUUCAGCAUAAUGAAGUUGAAAGAAGGAGAAGAGAUAGAAUCAACAACUGGAUCAUGAAGUUAUCAAAACUCGUUCCAGAUUGCCAAGGAGACCACACCAAACAAGGACAGAGCAAAGGAGGAAUCCUGUCCAAAACUUGUGAAUAUAUCCUUGACUUGCAAAGCAGUAAUCAGCGAUUAUCGGACAGAAUGAAAGGUUAUGAACGACUUCAACUUGAUUAUGAAGUCUUACGAGUCCAGAUGGAAGAGAAAAAGCAGGAGAAUAAUAUAUUAAGACAGAUGCUCCAAUCGCACGGAAUAGAAGUUGCCAUCACAAACACUUCGAACAACAAUCAGAACCAGCAGCAAUAAGAAAUUGUUAGACUGAAAGCAGGAACGUAGCUGUACACGCACAGCGCCGGCCAACUGGGCCUUAUCUCUUCCAUAUUUAAAGUCUAAGAAUCACUGAUUUAGAGGAAAAUAGACAUCACUUGUAGUUCUACUUGGACCUGAUUGUGUUUCUACAACCGCCGCAUGGUUAAACAUACUGAUUCGUUACAGUAACUCACCAUUCUUAUUUAAUUUUAUUUUUCCUUUGAUUAAUGGCUGUUCAAUUUAGUUGUAACACUUGUACCAAAGUUUUUAGCCGUUUGUCUGAACUAGGCAAUUGAUGGAAAAUACGUUCAUUUAAACAUGGGAUCUUAAGGUAUAAACUCUCAUGUAAAUCACUGCCUUUGAAUCAUGAGUUUGAAGAGCAACGUUCCUCUGAGGAUAAACCCUCCGUAUAUGUUCUUGUUUUAUGAAUGGAAAUUUGCAAAUUAAGAUUGUUUCGUAGGUUUAUCGUAUUUCCUGUAAUACAUUACAACACAUUAA